GCUUGAGAGUUCGAACAGUGAGCUAAUAGUGAUAUCUAUUCUAUUUUUGACAUCUUUAUAUCUAUAAUUGCUAAACAAUCACAAACAGCAUGAUAAUACUCUGAGACUGCUUCAAGAACAGGAGGAGCGAAUGAGGAAAGAGCUCGCAGAACUAACGAUGAUGCCUGAACCCCAACGUAAGCCUAUCUCAUCCGAUGUUCAGCAGGUUCUGAACGAGAUGGAAGAGCUGCGCAAGCAGUUUAGCAUUGCCAAGACAGAACAUCAAAAACAACUAGAGGACAUGGCGACACAACGUGAAAAGGAGAUUGCAGAACUCAAGGAGAAGCAUGAUGCGCUUUUAUCGGCUAUGAUUGAGGAACGAGAUUCCAUUGCUGAUUCCUUGAAGUCAUUGAAAGCAUCAGGCGAGUUGACUGAACGCGAAAAGGAUGCUAAGAUCAAGGAGCUUGAAGAACAAAUCGAAAAAUCUCUCAAAGAGCAUGCCGAGGUCCUUUUGAAGCAUGCGGAUGCACUUGAGGUCCUUCGUGCGGACAUGGAAGCAGCCUGGACAGCUAAAUAUGACUCCAAGGUUCAGGAACUGACAAAAGUGCAUGCAGAGGAGUUAAAAGACCUGGAAGAGAAGAGGCAGGUAUCUAAGGAUGCAGAAAUCCAGGAGCUAAAAGACUCAUUUUCACAACAGAUUAAGGCCUUGGAAGAGGAGCAAGAGAAGCGAAUCACAGACUUGAAUACGAAACACGCAUCGCAGAUCCAAGACUGGAAGGACAAGCUGUCUCAUCAGGCGGACGCCAGUGACGAGUUGAUUGGGAAGCUCAAGAGUGAACUGAAGUCUGCGAAGGCAGCCAAAGAAGAAGUGGAGGCAGAGCUGAAUCGAGUCAAUGAACAAACUCAAGAGCAGUUGAACCAAGUCCGUGCAGAGAUGGAGGAGAUUCGCAAACUUUUGGCCGCCAAGGAAGCUGAGACUGCAGAGCUUCAGAAGCGUGUUGAUGAAUUGACAGAUGAUUUGGAAAAUGCUUCUAUCAGCGCCAUGCUCAAGAACACAAAGAGAUACAAAGUGAAGCAGGUGCAGAUUUAUGGCUCUAGCGUCAGUGGUAACUUGAAGGUCAAGCGAGCACAACAAUCCAUCAGUGACACUCUUGAGCAGCUCGAUAUUGAGUUCGAAUUCGUGGAUGUCUCUGUGGAUGAGGAUGCGAAAUGGUAUAUGCGCCGCAAGAAUGGAGGCGAGAAACAACUGCCUCAGAUUUUCUCCGGAGGAGAGUACAGAGGUAUCUUUGAAGACUUUGAGUAUGCGAUCGAAACUCAUCAGCUAACUCAAUUCUUGGGCUUUGAUCGAAUCCGAGGAUUUGUCCCACGUAACAAGAUGGGCGUUGAUUCCCAUAAUGGCAAUGGUGUGAAAUCUACAACUCAAGCUCAAGAUGGUGAAGAUGCAGAGCAAGGUGCUGGAUUUCCUUCAGUUGUAGUAAACGGUAUGGGCCAUAGAUCUUCGAUCUCCGCAGGAAACAACAAGGAUGUUGCAACGUCCAUGUAUCUGUUAUCUCCUGCUUCAAAUCGAUUCCACUCGACUGCAUCCUUGGCUUCAGUCACAUCUACUACCUCCACUACCUCGUCACGUAGCAAUGGCAGCUUGAAAGCCGGCUUCGUCCAGAACGCAAGCCAAGUCUGGGAUGGAGCCUUGAAGAACGAUAUUACACACGUGAAGCACAACUUAGGGUUUGCAAACCCUGUGAUUCCUGAUGAUGAAGAGUUGGAAGAAUUAUUUGAACAAGGUGCUGUGACCGAAGAAGAGCUACAAGCUCUCUUGAACAUGUAAAAAGAAAGAUAGUUAUAUAUACCCCCCUUUACUUUCAUCACAUCCUCAUAUCAAAGGAUUAUCGACUUUGAAGAAAAGAACGAAUAAAAGUAAAAGCAUGUAUCUUAUUCAUCACACCAUACUUAAUUGCUCACAAAAAAAGCCACGUCUCCAGUCUUCAAGAGUCCGGUCAAAAUUCCAUUCGUUACAUUUAUUGCAUUUUUCUUCCAUCAAACCAGGGAACGGACAUUAUAAGGAC